AUGGGUCGUGACCAGAUUUUAUCGGCAGCAGCGAUUGAGCAGUCAAUUGACGAAGGCCACAUCAUCGUCGUUCAUGAAGGAUAUGCCCUCAAGCUGGAUGGAUGGCUCAACAAACACCCUGGUGGUCGACUAGCCAUUCUCCAUAUGGUCGGCAGAGAUGCGACUGACGAGAUCAACGUGUACCAUUCCUCGCACACUCUCCAACGUAUGAGAGCAUACCGGAUCGGCCGGAUAGCACAACCCUGGACUAAUUUGGAGCCGCCAAUCCGCCGCGCUGCUAUUCGUCAACAUGACGACAGCCCUUACAACGAAAAGAUCCAAGGAGACAUGGUCCUUGAUGAAGCUGAGGCUAAAUCCAUCAUCAACAAAGCAGAUGCCUUGCGGGCAGAGCACUCUGCUCGCAUGGCCUUCACUUCGGCCAUGGAACAGAGAGAGAUCGCUGAGGGCCUUGCUAGCAUGCCGUCGGUCGAUGAACACACACAGCUCGCUAUCGCCAUGGACUUCCGAACCCUGCACGAGCGCGUCAAGAACGAAGGCUUCUAUGACUGCCCUUACAUCGAGUAUGGCAAAGAGUUGGUCCGAUACUCGCUGCUCUUCGGUACCUUCAUCUACUUCCUCCGCGCCGAGUGGUAUCUCACAUCGGCCUGCUUUUUGGGCAUGUUCUGGCAACAGAUCAUGUUCACUGCUCACGAUGCUGGCCAUCGUGGCAUCACUGGCAAUUUCAUCGCAGAUACCUUGGUCGGCGCUUUCAUCGCAGACUUCUGCUGUGGCCUUAGCAUUGGGUGGUGGAAGAGCUCGCACAAUGUUCACCAUCUUAUCACCAACAUGCCUGAGCACGACCCCGAUCUUCAAAACGUCCCUCUUUUCUCGACUUCUCCUACCUACUUCCGCUCGGUCCUCAGUACCUUCUACAACUUCACCUUUGUUUGGGAUGCCGCUGCCGACUUCCUCGUUCCCUACCAAAAGUACACUUACUACCCUAUCAUGGCAAUCGCACGUUUCAACCUGUACCUUCUUUCCUGGCUCCAUCUGAUGUCGCCGCGCGCUGCCAAUCUCGGCUCUGCUUGGUGGACUCGUCCUGUCGAGAUCCUCUUCAUGGCUGGCUACUGGGCUGUGUUCGGAUACGGUCUUCUCUGGUGCACACUCCCUAAUUGGCCCAUCAGAGUCGCAUUCGUGCUCAUCUCGCACUGCAUCACCAUGCUCUUGCACGUUCAGAUCACCCUGAGCCACUGGGGCAUGCCCACCGCCGAUCUGGGCCCUACCGAGAGCUUCCCCCAACGCCAGCUCCGCACCACUAUGGAUGUUGACUGUCCUGCCUGGUUGGAUUUCCUGCACGGAGGUCUUCAGUUCCAAGCUAUCCACCACCUCUUCCCUCGCGUGCCUCGCCACAACUUGCGCAGACUGCAAGUUCUUGUUCGCGAGUUCUGCGAUAAGACAACGAUCAAGUACGAGUGUUACGGCUUUGUCGAGGGCAACAAGGUUGUUCUGAGCAGACUUGAAGAAGUGGGCAAGAUGGUGGAGACACUCGUCAAGUGUCAGAAGUUCAUGGCCGAGACUGGAGAGAGUGGACUUCAUUAG